AAACCUUGGGAUGAAUAGCAGCGUCGCAAAACUCCCCUGCUUCCCACCCCGUCCAAUUCAGAUUUCACAAGCCACAUUUGACCGAAUCUCUCCCUGUGUAGAACAAGAACAAGCCUUCACGAUGGAAGAUCCAAAUGCUCACAAGGGUUUUUGGGAGAGCGAUGCCAGCAGAGCUGUCCAGCAAUGUCUAACCAACAUUUUCACCAGCGUCUAUACAACCUGUGACAUUCCAGAAAAUGCCAUCUUUGGACCCUGCGUGCUGAGCCACACAUCCCUCUACGACAGCAUCGCUUUCAUUGCUCUGAAAUCAACCGACAAAAGAACCGUGCCCUACAUCUUUCGGGUGGAUACUUCAGCAGCGAACAGCUCCUCCGAGGGCUUAAUGUGGCUCAGACUAGUCCAGUCGGCCAGGGAUAAAGAAGAACAAAAUCUGGAGGCAUAUGUGAAAAACGGCCAGUUGUUUUAUCGAUCUCUGAGGCGGAUUGACAAAGAUGAAGAAUUGCUUGUGUGGUAUGGGAAAGAACUGUUGGAGCUGCUGCUUCUCAGCAACGUCCGGGCACAGGCCAAAAUAAAUGGAUCUUCGCCUUACACAUGCCUGCACUGCAGCCAGCGAUUUCAGUGCGAAUACCCCUUCCUAGCACAUUUGCGAUUCCGCUGUCAGAAGAAGCUGGGCUGCAUUGCCACGGACGAGAACAUCAAGAUCAGCGGAGACCGUGAGCAUCAAACUGUUGACGGAUCAAGUGUUAAGUUCAGCCGAUCCGAGCGACUAUCGGCCUUUGCCAAUGUCGAAAAUACUAAAACCAUCACGGAUUUUCACAAUCUCGCCAGAGAUAUGGAAAAUCCGAGAGAGAAUGCGAGGAACCGUCGAGAAACUGAAAGCAUAAAUGAAAAUAAAAGAAAGUACGACGAGGCGGAAGAAAAGACUCACAAUGUACUCCACACUGCAAAACUGUCCGAGAGAACACUGUCUAUCCCAAGAGAAAAUCUUUCCUGUCCUUCCCAGCAGUUCAGAGGAGGUUACUUCAACCUGAGAGAAAAUGGAAGGCUAAUGGCACCAUCCAGCCCUGAGGCUGCAGGCCAGCGGAGCGGCUUCCUUGAAGUGAAACCAACUUCCCUGAAUCUUAAACAGAUCCCGAAAGACAGUGUUGCCGACAUAGACAACAAGAAUGGUGCAGGCCCCAUCAGCAGCUCUCCCGAGAAGCCGCUGGACAUCAAGUCUGUUCUGACUGAAACACAAGUCCCUUCCUGCCUGGACAACAUUGCCAUGGGCAGUGCGUUUCGGAGCGUCUCCCAGCUUUGUGGCAGCGAGGAAAGGAAGAGUGCAUUUUCUCAACCAGCCAGGUCGUUUACCCAGCUCUCUCCACUCUUGGUGUCCCAGAAAGUGAUUCCUGGCUUGGAGUGUCAUCCUGCGGUCGGUGACUCUGCGAGGCUUUAUCCAGCCAAUGCUUUAACUGCAAAGCUCCAGAGCGCAGAGGUGAACGGCAAUUGUACCAUGCAAGGGGGCCUGGCUAAACAAAGCCCUUUCGUCUAUGCCACCGCCUUCUGGCCGAAGACUUCGGGGCCCAUUCAGCUGCAAGUCCCAUCCGCACUGACCCUCCUUCCUCCUUCAUUCACAUCCUUUUGUUUACCCGCGCAGAACUGGUGUGCCAAAUGCAACGCUUCUUUUAGAAUGACAUCCGAUUUAGUGUACCACAUGAGAUCGCACCACAAAAAGGAGUACGCCAUGGAGCCGCUGGUGAAAAGACGAAGGGAGGAAAAGCUUAAAUGUCCCAUUUGCAAUGAAUCCUUUAGGGAACGUCACCACCUCUCCCGGCACAUGACCUCUCAUAACUGAACUGUAAGUGUAUGGCAGCUUAUCAUGUCAACUCGAGACAACUCAAAAACAAACUAAGGGAAGAGGAGAUUGUGAUGCACACAUUAUCACUUUACAUUGAACAUUUUGUACUUCCCACAAAACAGUAUACAAAUGCGUUUUGUCAUAACUUUAUUUCAAUUUAAAUGCGUUUCGCGCUUACGGAAGUUUGGAAGAGCAAUAUAUGGUAUUAUCAUAUUUAAGGACAGAAUUUUAUUUUGGAUAUAAGAAAAGUGAGAGAAUGGAUUUCAGUUUAUUGACCUCAUUGAUACAUUCCAAUGUCAUUAAAAUAAUGAAGGCUGUACCAGCGCGAGCUGCAAACGCGGAAGGCUGGAAAAAGUGCAUGUCAGAACGGUAGAUACAACACCAAAUACAGGCGGGAAAGUACCGAAUCUACAUUUCUCUUUUGUAAAUAUUUUCGUUUUAAAAAUCAAAUGUACUAUUUUGUGCCAGUGAUAAGAAGUCUCAAUAGUUAUUGUGUUUCUCACUCUUGGCGAAAUUUACGAAUCUUGAUAGUUUAUCUGGUCAUU